CUGCUGCCAGCCAGGGUCAGGCUCUUGCGCAGCCUCUUGCCUUUGCUGUGCAGCUCCUGGGCUGUUGCUGCUGCCAGCCAGGGUCGGGCUCUUGCUCAAUCCAUUUGCCUUACUUUGCUAUGUAGCCCCUGGGCUGCUGCCAGCCAGAGUCGGGCUCUUGCUCAGCCUCUUGCCUUUGCUAUGCAGCUUCUGGGCUGUUGCUGCUGCCAGCCUGGGUUGGGCCCUUGCUCAGCCCCUUUGCCUUGCUUUGGCAUGAGGCUCCUGGCCUUGCUAUGACAACUUGACCCUUUCACUAUAGAAACCAUCAAAAGGUAGAGUUGUGGGCUACGGAUUCUCUUUAAAGGGUUGUUUCGUCCCGCCAGCAAGCCUGCAGUUCUUUUCAGCCUCUGAAAUGUAACCUUCCCCAGAGAAAAUGAGAUUCAUUCAAAGUCUGAGUGAAUGAGAAUGGGCCCAGAUGUUCCUCUGCUGAACGACCACAAACAAGAAUUCCUCCUGAAACGUUUUCCGCAGACUGUUUUGGGCGGCCCUCGAUUUAAAUUGGGACACCCUGCGCCUCUUUAUGUCUACGUGAACCAGAUUCUUCUCUUCCUGCUACCAUGUCUUCUGGGAGGCGUGGGGACGCUGCUCUACCAACUAAGUGUUCUGCAAGACUAUUCUGCGGCCGCUGUAUCUGGAGGACUCAUGCUAGUUACAGCUAUUACUCUCCAGGCAGCAAGCCUGUAUGCAAAACAGAAAACGGCUUCGGUGGAAAGAGUGCAUACUCACAGUACCCUAACGGAUGAAGAUGAAUGGGAGUUCUCUAGUUGUCUGGGCUCAGAGACAGUCAAAUUUAUUAUUCCAGGCAAGAAAUACAUAGUUAACAUCAUCUUUCACUCACUUCUCGCUGGGGUGCUAUGUGGCUUAGGAACUUGGUACCUUCUACCUAAUAGAAUCGCCUCAUUGUAUGGAGGUAACAUUGGAGGAACUGUUAUGAUCUUUGUCUUUGGUUGGGUGACGGUCUGCAUUGGGGAGUACUCCUUAAUUGUCAAUACUGCUUCAGAGACAGCUACUUACCAAGCACUAGACACUUACGAAAUUGUUCCUCUGAUGAGACCUUUCUACAUUUUUGUCUUCUUCGCAGUGGACCUCACUCACAGAUUCAUUGCUGAUGUUCCAGCUUUAAAACUGGCAAACCAGAUUCUGCACGUUGUGUUUUUGUGUUUGCCAUUCUUGUGGACUCUGGGAAUUUUGCCCCCACUGGACGCACUUUUUCUCUGGGGAAUGGAACAAGUGUUGGAGCUUGGUCUAGGCGGUUCACCCAUGUCAAGUAACACAAGGCUGCUAUUAAUGUUUUUGAUUUCUGUGGGAACAGCUGUUGCCUCUUAUUUCAUCCCCAGCACUCUUGGUGUCGUCCUCUUCAUGACUGGAUUUGGAUUUGCAUUGAGUCUUAACUUAAGAGAGAUUGGGUUUGCAUUCAAGUGCACUGUCAUCAACUGCUUAGCCUCCAACAAGUUUACAAAGGCAUCUGGCUGUUGUGGGACCCAGUUUGGAUGGCAGGAAUUUGUUUUCUAUUUGACUGCAUUGACUUUGGCUCUCCUGGAAGCUGGUCUGUUGCACUCCUUCCUCGGUCCUCAGGCGUUUUCUAAAACCAGCCUCCAGGCUGUUGUGAGCUAUUUGCUGAUAGCAUUGCUCCUUGCGACGUGGAUUCUUGGACAGAUUCAGGCCGUGUACCUGUUCGGAAUGUUGCGAAACCCGUUUUAUCCAAAGGAUGUCAUGACCGCGAAUGUCUUUGUGGAGAAACAAAAGAGGCUUAAGAAAAUUGGUCUGCUCAGAAGGAUUUUGCUAGCUGUAGUGUCUCCAUUUGCUAUGAUAGCGUUUCUUUCCCUAGACAAUUCUCUGCAUCAUCUUCCAUCUGUAUAUGUUUCCAUUGGAUUCUCAAGAGGCUUUAGAAUGGUAUGGCAGGAUACAGAACGUGCUUUGUUGGAUAUGGUGGUAGUGUCAACUGUGCAGUUGCUGGUGUUCAAUACUGAUCUUUGGUGGAAUAGAAGCAUUGAUACAGGAAUCAGGCUCUUGCUGGUCGGAAUAAUCCGGGAUCGGCUGUUUCAGUUUGUUUCAAAACUGCAGUUUGCACUUACUGUUCUCUUGACAUCAUGGACAGAGAAAAAGCAACGGCGGAAGUCCACUGCUACCCUGAUUACACUCAACAUUGUCUUCUUUCCAGUUGUACUGACCCUCAUAUUGCUGUCUGCACUUCUGUCUUCCCCCUUGCUGCCCCUUUUCAGUCUCCCCAUAUUUCUGAUUGGCUUUCCAAGACCUAUCCGAAGUUGGCCGGGACCUGUGGGUGUGACGGCCUGCAUUUGUCCUGACACCAUAUAUUACCAGCAAAUGAUUCCAAGUUUGACUACUGCAUUGCAGUCAGCACUGUCCAAUGGUAGCCUGGGGCUCUGCUCACCUGGCUCUCACUACCUGUGCCGAUUCCAAGACAGACUGGUAUGGAUCCUUGUGUUAGAAAGAGGCUUCACUUAUUGUUGUCUUAAUAUCAAGGGGUUAGAAUUGCAGGAAACCUCCUGCCAUACCGCUGAAGCUCACAAAGUAGAUGAAAUGUUUGAGACGGCCUUUGAACAUGAGGAGUGCAGGAAGAUCCUCUCCCUCAACCAUCACUUUUUAAAUAUUUUAACACCUUGUUGUGUUCUUCCUGUGAAGCUCUAUUCAGAUGCCCGGAACGUCUUGUCUGGAAUUAUUGACUCGCCUGACAACCGGAGGCAGUUGAAAGACGAUUUUCUGAAAAACCUCUUAUGGGUGCUAGUCCAAUACUGCUAUAAGAAAUCAAAAACACACAGAACACAUGAAAGAACACUCAAAUCCAAGCAUAAGUCGCCUUCAGUGGAGCCACCUGAAGUUUUAAGCAAGGCAAUAGAAAGUCCAGACUCCUGGAAAAAUGAUGACCACCUCAGUGUGGAAUCGAUAGAUGAGUGGACUGACGACAGCAACCUUUUUGAUGAUGAACCCAGCAAAAAAGGACCCAAAAUGGCAUCGCGAGGAAGCACACCAAGACCCUUCUUUUCUCUCCCAGGUUCAGUCGAAAUACACACCACAGACACCGAAUUGCCAGAGGCACCCAGUGUCAAUAAACUCUACAAACCUGUUGUCCUUGGUCUUCCUGCUGUAGACACUGGGGGGAAAUGGGGCGUGGUGGAUUUGCCCCCUGUUAAGUUUAGCAACUCUUAUUCUGAGCUGCUAAGCAUUCCUGAAGAGUGGAGAACUGUACCCUUACCUGUGACCAAACUUUACGAAAUGAAGCAGAAGUUCCCCGAAGACUGGUACCAUUUUGUACUUCGCCAGCUGGACUUCUUCCACUUGAAAGAAAACCCUUCAAGUUUACUCGAGGACAUCAUUAAAGAUGCUGCUUUGAAAGACUUGUACGUCAAGUGUGCCCUGUCCUGCUACAUUGCCGUGUUUGGGUUAGACGAUGUUCUUCCCUCGCCUGGCCACAUAUUCAGAGCCUACAAUGGAGGCCUUCCCUGGUCGGUCUGUUUGGACUGGCUGGUGGCAAAGCAGGAGCUAUUUCAGCUGGCCCUGAAAGUGUUCAGAUACACAGUUAAGCUUUUGGUUGACCAAGCAAGUCUGGGACCAGUGGAAAGUUUCAAAGAGCUGCUAAGCUGUCUUGAAGAAUAUGAGAACGACUGGUACAUUGGACUGGUGUCUGAAGAAAAGUGGCAGCAAGCUGUUUUACGAGAAAAGCCAUAUCUUUUUUCCUUGGGGCAUGACCCUAAUAUGGGAGUUUAUACCAGCAGAGUCCUCACCCUUCAGGAAUUCCUAGUGCAAGUGGGGAAACUGAACAACGAAGCUGUUAGAGGGCAGUGGGCAAACCUUUCUUGGGAGCUGCUGUACGCCACCAACGACGACGAGGAACGCUACAGCAUCCAAGCUCAUCCUGUCCUCUUGAGGAACCUGACCAUACAAGCAGCAGAUCCUCCCCUGGGCUACCCAGUUUAUUCCUGCGAACCUCUCCAUGUACCUCUGCUCUAGAACUUGACCCUUGGCCCUUUGGUUUCCUAAAGAAAAACUGCAUUAAUUUUCUUGACUCUUGCAGCAAGGAAAACUUAAGUUGCCAAAGAUAUCGGUGGCAGCAGAAGAGGCCAUUUUUUGGGGCAGGAAUAUUAUGAACGUGUCUCUUUCAGCUCCAGUGAUGUCUGAACCUCUGAUCCUGUUGGGCUGAUGGAGGGAGAUGCUGGGAGAAGACUUAAAAGCAGGCAAUAAGCUCAUUGAUGUAUUCUGCGAGGUUGUUGUUUUUUUAAAUGAAAAAUCAGUAACUUGACAGGUGACUUGCAUUAGAAGGCAGGUCACAGCUUACAUACUUUGAAACCACAGGUUAGUACAAAAAUGUACAUAGGAUGAAAGCUUUCCCCCCGAUAUUGAAAGACCACACUUGGAUUUUAUCACUUGUUUAUAUUGUAUAGCUUUAUUUGCAUUGUCAAAGUGAUACUUGAAGAAACACUCAAUAAUACAUCUGUUCAGCCUGCAGCGAGUUCUUUUCAAAUAUAGCAAGUCGGAUACUCUUA